AACAUGGGAAUGUAGAAAUUUCUUCAAGAUCCUGGUUUCAGUUCAUUUAGAUGCAUACCCAUAAGUGGGUUUGCCCAUCACGUGGUAGUUCUAUGUUUUAAUAUUUUGAAGAACCUCCAUAAGAUUUUUCAUAGUGGCUGCACCAUUUUCCAUCCCCACGAACUGUAUACACAGGUUCCAGUUUCUCCAUAUCCAUUGUAACCACCUUAUUAUUUUGGAGGGUGGGUAUGUGGAAUAAUAGUUAUCCUAACAGGUGUUGUCUUAUUCCAGAUUUCAGGGGAAAAGAUUUUGGCUUUUCACCAUUGAUCGCAAUGUGGGCUGUGGGCUUUUCAUAUAUGGCUUUUAUUGAGUUGAGGAGACCUGUUAUGAUGAUGUGUGUUAUACUCACCACACUUCCCAGCUUCAGCUUUUCUAUCGCAGGGACUGAGGUUCAAAAGAGUAUUAAUGGUUCUGCGGAUACCUUACCUGAUACCUUACCUGAUCUGCCAGUUUCUCUGGUUCUGACUUCCUUGAUUGUGGUGGAUAUUAUUGAAAAACUCAGGAUAUAUUCUCUUAGAAGGUUGCAAAAAUGUAAUGAAGUUACAUAUAUUCAUACAACCACUUUGCACCAAGUAAAAACCGUGAUGGACCAAGUGAAGCAAAAGGAAGAAAAUACUUCGUCUCCACAGCCAGCCAGGAGGACCGAGGCAUCACAGCCAUGGGGACAAAGCACACAGAGCCCCGCUCCAGCGCUGGGAGAACCCCAGGAGCCCUCCUUCCACUCGGGAAUCCUGGGAACCAUGUCCCAUCAGGACUGUCGUGCCCAGAUCAUCCUGUGGAGCUUUCUGCUGUGGUCUGACACCAUAGAAAUGGUGCGCGUGGCUGGCCACCCUGCUGUGUAUAAGUCAGGCUGGCUAUACCCAGUCUACAUAUUCAGUUUUAUUUCUCUCCUUCGGAUGAUAUUAACUCCUCAGAACCCUCUUCAGAAUUCUCUGGGCGUCUUUCUCCAAGACUUACCCUUUAUUUUUAUUAGACUUAGUUUAAUCAUUGCCCUGGGAACUAUCACACCCGUAUUGGGCCUUUGUAAAAACAUACUAGUGACUCUCUCUCAUGUUUACUUCAAUUACUUAUCCAAAUUCAGAGCUUUCUCUACCUUUGAAAUGUCUUCAUUUUAAAAAGAAAAUGUCAUAGGGCCACCUGGGUGGCUCAGUCGGUUAAGCAUCUGACUUCGGCUCAGGUCAUGAUCUCAUAGCUCAUGGGUUUGAGCCCCGCGUUGGGCUCUGUGAUGACAGCUCAGAGUUAUAAAUUUUUGUCCUAUGGAAAGAAAUGAGGAAUACAUUGUAGAGAAUAAACUGUUUUUAAUAAGGGUAGCUUAUCGCUUUUUGAAAAGUAUAUUCAACUGAUGUUAAAUUUAAGCAACGUUUUAUUCUUAUAAGUUAAUUCACCUGGAUCUCUAGAAAAUGUUAGUAAUUUUAGUUAGUUAUGUAUACUGCACUUUUUCUAAAAACACUCUUCAUUAAAGCCUUAAAAAAAUUAGAACAUGUUUUCCCACUAAGUCCAAGAAUGAUAUUUUUAUCAUUUAUAUAAAUUAAAGAGCAUUGCAAGAAUGAAUUAGAUAGAACUAUUUUUUUUAGAAAAUAUACCUGAUGUUAUUGAAUAAGUUUUAGAUUAUACUUGAAAAAAUUUGAACGGUAGAGGCACUUGGAUGACUUUAGUUGGUUAAGCGUCCAACUCUUGGUUUCGGCUCAGGUCAUGAUCUCACAGUUCACGAUCUCCAGUCCCGUAUUGGGUUCUGUGUUGCCGGUGCAGAGCCUGCUUGGGAUUUUCUCUCUCUCUCUCUCUCUCUCUCUCUCUCUCUCUCUCUCUCUCUCUCUCUCUCUCUCCCUCCUUCUCUCCCCCUCCCCUGCUCGCCCUCCCUGUCUCUCUCAAAAUAAAUGAAUAGGCAUUUUUAAAGAGAUAUAAAACAUUUAUUAAAAAAUGUUUUUGAGCUGUAGUUUUAAGGUCUCCUUCAAACAUGGAACUAUGUUCUUUAAUCCGCUGUGGCAAGCGACUUUUAUGUAAUUGACUGAUUUCAGCAUAAACAGCAAUUCAGUUUAACAGAUGUUUGGUUCAGUUUUAAGGCAUAGCCCUUUGCUCAUACUGAAGUACUAAUAUACAUAUUGUUAAAUGUAAUGAAGUCUAGGUACAUCAGUAACACCUAAAGUUUUAUCAUAGAAAGAGGCCAUAAAUUGAAGGUGUGGAUUUCAAAGAAUAUUUUAUUUGUGGAAUUUCAUACCAUCAUAAAAAUAGUCACAAGCCCUGUUUAAAAAUUUUUUAAUGUUUAUUUAUUUUGGAGAGAGAGACACAGCAUGAAUGGGGGAGGGGCAGAGAGAGAGAGAGAGAGAGAGAGAGAGAGAGAGACAAGAAUCUGAAGUAGGCCCUAGGCUCUGAGCCGUCAGCAUGGAGCAUAAUGUGGGGCUGGAAUCACAAAGGGCGAGAUCAUGACCUGAGCUGAAGUCCCACACUUAACCAACUGAGCCACCCAGGUGCCCCACAACCCUGUUCAAAAUUAGAAGUUCAGGUUAUGAACACAACAGCAAAUGCAUCUGUGCUGUAUGUGAUAAUAUAUACUGAAUGCCUUGAUGUGAAGUAAUUAGAUGCAUAAUUAUAUCAUUUGUCUUCACGACUUGGUGACACUUGUGGAUAUUCAGCUGCCAGAACGAUUUGAGAGGCUUAUGUGUGCAGAGUAAUGUGUCAAACUAGCCAGUCUCUUCAAUGAUCUGUGGCAACAGAUACGGUAAGAAUGGAUAACAGAACUUGCAUGCCAGCCCUUGUCUCCGUCAAAGUCCCCAAUCUCGCAGAUCCCCUAUGCUUUAUGGGUUUUCCUCCCACUGUAAGAGGUCUGUUUACGCUUCUUUAAAAGCUUAGCUUCUGGCUUUAUGGCUUUGGGUAAGUUCUUUGACCACUGUAAACCCUAGUUUCCACAUCUAAAACAAGAGCAUAAUAAUCUUACCUUAAUAGGUUAGAAUUGUACUUUAAUAGGUUGACGAGGAUUACAUGAGAUAGGAAAUGCUGUCAUUAUAUUGUCUGGCAAACAAUAAUAACUUGAUAAACUAAGUAUUUCAAAUGUGCCACAUUAACCAUUUUAUUUAUGAAAAAUAAUAUGUAAAAUCUCAAGGUCACCUUAGGUUAUAAUUUUUCACCAAGUAGUAUGAGGUCCAAAAAUGAGCAAUCUACUGAAUAUACGGAUUAAAGUUGACAUGAGUAUUCACUCGUCAGGCAUUUGAUUGUCCCUCCUGAGUUCUUAUAGUGCUAAUUAUAGUGCUCUAUUAAGACUUUAUUUGAGGGUUUACUUUUCUGAGUUCCCCAUUAAUGCUUAAAUUCCUUAAAGGAAGUCCUGAUGGUGUCUUGUGGGUUUCCCUCUUCAUCUGUCAAUCCAACAGGCACUUAUGAUACUUAGAACUCUAAAAAAUUGAGAAUUGAAAUAAUCUCUUUCAAAUUAUGCCAUGAUAAUCCUUUUUAAUUAAGAAAAAUGUGUAGGUGAAGUAGUUGAUUCGUAAUUUUCUUAAAUAUGAAAACAUUUGACAUACAUUUAUAUUUAUCUUUAUAUUGGAAUUUAUAGAGUGACCAGUGGUCAGACAAACUCUAAAGUAUUACUUACUGGAAUUUAGAAUGUGUUAUGUGUUUAAUAGUCGAAUAUGGAUAUACCUGGCCUACUGGGAGGUCACAACGCUUUAUACAAACAGUAAAGAGAUGUACAUGUAGAGGAAAAUUAUUGAGUAACAAUUUAAUAUUUUAUUUCAAGAGUAUACACAUGUUUAUAAAGUUCAAGUCUAUGAUAGUCUUUCACUUCAAUGCCUUUCAGAAGUUUUAAUUAAAAAAUUUUUAAAUUGAAGAAUGGUUGGCAUACAAUAUUAAUUUUAGGUAUAUAACGUAGUAAUUUGAUAUUUUAUAUACAUUAAAAAAUGAUCGCUGUAAUGAGUCUAGUUACCAUUUGUCACCGUGAAUAGUUAUUACAAUAUUAUUGACUAUAUUCUCUAUGCUAUACUUUAUAUCCCCAUGACUUAUUUAUUUUAUAACAGGAAGUUUGUACUUCUUAAUCCCUUCCACCUGUUUCAUUCAUUUUCCUACCCCUUCCCCUCUGCCAACUACCAGUUUGUUUUCUGUGUCUAAGAGUCUGUUUCUGUUUUGUUGUGUUUGUUCAUUUGCCUUAUGGAUUUUGCAUGUAAGUGAAAUCAUAUGGUAUUUGUCCUUCUGUGUCUGAUUUAUUUCACUUAGCAUCAUACCAUCAAGACCCACCCUUGUUGUUGCGAAUGGCAAGAUUUCAUCCUUUUUAUGGCCGAGUAAUAUUUCAUUGUAUACAUAUUACUUUCUUAAAUAUAUGACUUUUAAAAAAUUUAUUCAUGUAUUGAUGGACACUUAGACGGCUUCUAUACCUUGGCUAUUAUAAACAGGGCUGCAGUGAACACAGGGUGCAUAUAUAUGUUUGAAUCAGCAUUUUCAUUUUCUUCUGAUAAAUACCAAGAUGGAAUUGCUGGAUUGUA